CUUAUGCGCAGAGCUAGAAAUUGGGGUGCCCUAAUGUAGUUUUCAAGGAAUUUCCGGUCUCUUGGGAGAGAGACAAACUACCCGGGGUACUUGGGAACAGGGAGGGUCAUUUAAGUCGAUUUGAAGGUUAGGAAAGGGUUUAUCAGGAAGGCCCGCCUGAAUGAGUUUUGAAGAGUGAGUGGGAGUUAACCCCGUGGAAAAGGGAGUGAAAGUGUGACGGAUGUUCCAAGCAGAGCGUAAGGAACGGCUGGAACUAUAUGUGAAGGCGAGAGCUUUGUUUUAGGAUGUGUGGGAGAUGUGAGAGGAGAAAUGACUGCAAAGAAAGAUGUCAUUUGUCAGAGUGAACCGUUACGGUCCCCAUGGAGGAGGAAGGAAAGCACUGAAAGUAAAGAAGAAGAAAAUGUCAGUAAAGCAAGAAUGGGAUAACACUGUAACUGAUCUAACCGUUCAUCGGGCAACUCCUGAAGAUCUGAUCCGUCGUCAUGAAAUACACAAAUCGAAGAAUAGAGCAUUAGUACACUGGGAGCUCCAAGAAAAAGCUUUGAAGAGAAAAUGGAAGAAGCAGAAACCGGAACUUUCUAAUCUUGAGAAAAGGAGAUUGUCUCUCAUGAAGGAGAUUCUUUCUGAUCAAUACCAGAUGCAAGAUGUAUUGGAAAAAUCUGAUCAUUUGAUGGCUACAGCAAAAGAUCUGUUUGUUGAUUUUCCUCGUAGGCGCACAGGGUUUCCAAAUGUAACAAUGGCUCCUGAUUCCUCUCAAGGUCCCAUUGUGGUAAAUCAAGACCCUGUCACCCAGGCCAUCCUUAGUGAAUCUGUUAUUGAGCCUCAGGCUCUUAAUGAAGUAGAUGAUGACCAACGAGAAGGAACUGUUAACAGCCAGUCAGAAGAAAGUGAGAAUGAGUUGGAUAACUCUCUAAGCUCUCAGUCAAACACAAAUGCGGACACCAGGGUAUUCAGCACAGUAAACCAUAUAGUAGCCUUGGAGGAGUCUGUUUCCCAUGCAGAAGGCAAAGCCUCUGAAAAGGAAUACAACUGGAAAAGGCCUCCCUCUAGUGAGCAGUUUCUCCACCAAAUAAAGGAAGAUAAUUCCGAGUUAAUUAAUAAGCUACGGACUGAUAUUCAGCAGAAAGUAGCAACACAAUCACAAAUAACAACCUCUUCAGGAACUCCAUCAUCUCCUUCUCCAUCAGGAGAACAAAAAGCUGCUCUGAAUGCUACCAAUGCUGUUAAGAGAAUCCAUACGAGGCUUCAACUGGAAGAAUCUACUGAGACUCUAGACUCAAGCUCUGUAGUGAGACAAGUGCUGAACUCAAGGAAGCAAAAACAGCUGCUAAAUAAAGUGAAAAGAAAACCAGAUUUGCGUGCUCCUUCCAAACAGAAGAAUAACGUGUUAUCAGCCAGCACAGCCUCCACACACUUACCGAAUAGCAGUAACCCCAGCCUAGAUGUCCUCAAGCACAUGAUACACGAAGUGGAGCAUGAGAUGGAAGAAUAUGAGCGGUGGACAGGACGCGAGGUCCGGGGGCUCCAGAACAGUCAGGGUCUCACCGGCUUCACCCUGUCGCUCGUGAGCUCCCUCUGUCGCCUGGUUCGCUACCUUAAAGAGAGUGAGCUCCAACUGCGUAAAGAAGUAGAGACAAGGCAGCAACUGGAACAAGCAUUAGGCGAACAUCGAGAGCUGAUUGAUGCUCUGACAGCUGAAAUUCUUCUCCUUAGAGAAGAAAAUACUGCUACCCAGGCAAGACUUCAGCAGUACAUGAUCACAACAGAUGAGCAGCUUAUAUCGCUCACACAUGCCAUUAAGAACUGUCCUGUGAUAAAUAACAAAGAAUGUCAGGCAUUAGAAAGGGGAGCCACAAGUAGAAAUAUGGACAGUCCAGAGGGUCCAGCUGUAAAUGCUAAUGUCUCCGUGCCAUUGAUGUUCAGAGGGGAAGAUGUGGUUGAAUUCCCACAGGAAGAUUUGCCUGUUAAACUGUCUCAGGUGCCAAACCCUCCAGAAAGCGGGAGUCUGGCCAGCAGUUUUCCAGGGCAUGUAUGUGAGCCAGCAGUAUUGUUAACACCGCCCAGGCAGAAAAGCAACUCAGAAUUCUCUCCUUUGCAGGAUGUAUUGAGGAGGACUGUUCAAACUCGUCCUGCUCCACGAAUUCCUCCAACUGUGGAAAUAAUUGAGAAGGAACAAAAUUGGGAAAAGAAGACCGUACCUACUGGCACAGACAUUCAGAAUUCAAGUGAAGAGAGUCAUCUCUUUACUCAGAGGUGGAGGGCCUCUCACAUGGGAGAAGAUUUGCAGAACAAAACCCAGGCUCCUUUUGUUAACCUCUCACAGCCCCUCUGCAAUUCCCGUUCAAGCACUCAGCAAUCAAGAAACCCCGCACUCUCAGAAGAACCCCCAGUAUUGGGAGAUGGGCAACAGCUUAGAACAAAUGAGACAUUAAUACAAAGAAAGGACAUCAUAGCACGAAUUGCUGAGUUGACACUGCAGAAUUCAGCUAUCAAGGCACAUCUGAAUAAUAUUAUUGGGCCAGGGGGAGAGCAAGGGGCUGGACUUUGGGAGUUUAACAAACAGGAAAUGAGUCAUGCCAGCAACAUGACCUCUACUUUUCCAGCAGUACAACCUCUAACACCAAGUAGCAUGGAGGAGCGGAUUACAGAAUUGAAUCGACAGAGUAUGGAGGCUCGUGGGAAACUCUUGCAAUUAAUAGAGCAGCAGAAACUUGUUGGUUUGAAUCCUUCCUCUCCACCAGUAUCACCUAUUCGGUCACCUCUCGGAGCAUGGACUGAAGGAGGAAAGAGGAUGAUUGAGGUAUCUAUUCCAGUAGCGGAAGCCCCAGAAAGCUCAAAAUGCAGUACUGUCUCUCCUACCAGUGGGCUAAAUUCAAGAAGAUCUCCAGGGGCUACUAGUAAUUCUUGUUCUCCAUUAAAUGCCACCUCGGGAAGUGGGCACUUGACACCUCUUAAUCCAAGAGCAAAGAUUGAGAAACAAAAUGAAGAAGGCUGGUUUGCUCUUGCUACCCACGUGUCAUAAGUGAGGUCGAGUUGUAGAGUUUGUUCUCAGUAAUAUAUUCUUGAGCUUCCACUCCCCUUUCCCUGCUCCUGCUUUCAAGUUUUUAUGUUCUUCUUUCAGAUAAAACUUACAAAGAUCUCGUGACUUAGUACUAAUGGAACAAAGAAAUAAAGCAAUUAUUUUAA